AUGAGCACCAUCCCAGUUUCGGAUGAAGAGAACUUUGACUUGCUUGCCUUGGCCUUGUUUGGAGUGAAUGCAAGCCCGAGUUGCCGAACCCCACCCCAUUGGACCGACACCCAGUACGGCAAGAGUUGGCUUAUAUGUUGGAUACCAUUCCUGCCAGGAUGUGUGAAUGCAUGCGGAGUAUCAUGCCGUUUCAGCAUGGAUGUACGAUGCACCCGAAACGUGGCAGCAUUGUCCUGUGCAGUCACCGUAAACACUACGGGCCAGUGUCCUGAACCUGCUAUUUCGUGUAAAAAAAAUAUGUUUGAAUGCGUGUUUUGCAGUGGUUUUUGCGAGGACUCAGAUGCAUCACCAUGA